UUAAUUAGUAAUUACAUUAAACGAUUUUCCGAGAGUCUGAGAAUGCACUGCUUCAGGGCCUUUCGCCUGUAUGCUCGUUGCUAUCCGCUGAUGAAAGCUGAGUCACCAGGUACUUAUUUAUUAGUCAACUACCACUGCAAAUCACAAAUCUGUGUGCCUUCUCAAUUUUUUGGACUUCUCGUGACGCGGCGUUUUCAGAAAGAGAUACCACACCUUGCUGAAUCAACCAAUGGAUUUCCAUCCCACUUGCAAGUUGGUCUAUCGUUUCUCCACUGAAUUGAAGACAUGGCUCAACCAAUGAUCGUUAGUUUUUUCUUUCAUACAAAAGACAUUUUUCAAUCAGCGUGUCUCUGGCAAAAUUUGUUUCUUUCCUUUUUCAAGGAAUGAACUUGAAAGUCAUGUUUUCACUGUUUUUUUUAACUGAGGCCGGAAAGAACUGUUUUCAUUUUGCUUUUGUACCGUAGUUCUGUUGAAAUCUUUCAGUCUUCAAGUGCGUUAAUUAACUGACAAAAGCUAGGUGAAACUGAAUGGCACCAGCAACACGCGGUGAUUACAUCCAGAAGAUUCUGGGGAUACUUUAACAUGUGACGCGCUCAAACAAUCUGAUUUUUUUUGCUUUGGUUAGUUCGGUUUUGAAAAUCAAAAUGACAUACUCGGAAACAGACAUCGCUGAGAAAAUCGUAAACAAAAUCGUAUUUUUCAAUGCAAUUUUCGAUAUAUCUGUCGUAACACAACCACUGCAAGUAUAUAAGGUUGCAAUGAUCAUAGAGAGGACAGAGCAUCAUGUUAUGUAAGACGAGUCGAACCUAUCCUCAGCGUGUAAAAGUUUUUGCCUUUUUGGUUGGACCAUUUCUGACUUGUUAGGAAAAGAAAGCCGCGUACCAGUCGAUGCUACUAUGCUGCAAGAUGUUCAUCUCUGAAGCACGAAACAGUGCAACCCUUGACGCCAUUGAAGGAGCCGCGAUGGCAAACACAGAAACCGUGAUCGUGACCAAAUGUGACGAUAGAGCCUACAACAGAACAAGGUACACUCUUGUAUCUUACGUUCUUGAUGACUGUACAGGAAAUGCUAUAUAUAGCCCCUUGCACCAAACGGUGAUAGCCAUGGCAGAGGCUGCAUUCAACUCCAUCAACCUUGAAUCCCAUGACGGGGCUCAUCCAAGAUUAGGCGUCGUGGAUGACAUUUUGUUCCACCCUCUUGGUCGUGCCUCACUGGAUGAAGCUGCCUGGCUUGCUAAAGCAGUAGCUGCUGACAUUGGCAACCGAUUCAAUAUGCCAGUCUUUUUGUAUGCUGCAGCACAUCCAACAGGAAAACCCUUGGACACUAUCAGAAGAGAGCUAGGGUAUUACAGGCCUAAUUUCAUGGGAAGCCAAUGGGCAGGAUGGACUAUGCCCGAGAUUCUUCCGCAGAACCCUGAGGAAGGACCAAUCAUGGUUUCAAAAGCCAAAGGCAUCUCCAUGAUCGGUGCACGCCCUUGGGUGGCUCUCUACAACAUACCCAUUUUGUCCACGGAUGUAGCAGCAACAAGGAGGAUUGCAAAGAUGGUUAGUGCUCGUGGUGGUGGACUACCAACAGUUCAAACACUGGGGCUUGUUCAUGGCGAAGACUCGACUGAAAUAGCCUGCAUGCUGCUGGAGCCAAACCAGAUUGGAGCCGACAGGGUGCAGAACCGAGUUGAGAUGCUGGCUGCUGAAGAGGGUUUGGAUGUAGAGAGGGGAUAUUUCACUGAUUUUUCUCCAGAAAUGGUCAUGGAAAAAUACACCUCUUUAAUUUCUGGUAAUAGAAUGUGAUCUCGUGAUCACUGGCUAUAUGCCAAGUGACAUUAAUUUCUUCGUCACCCAUGAACGAUAGGUGUUGUAAAUUGCCUUAAAGACUGGCUAAUGAUUGCAAUGACAACCAAAAAAAUGGUUUUUACCAAGAUAAAACAA